AUGGUGAUGGAUGCUUUAGAGGUUGAUGAGUUGGCUGUGCUCAAGGAUUUUGGUGACACUCGGGGCUUUCACUUCAGGAUGUCUUGGUUGAGGAGGGUUUAUCAGGAGCUUGUCGAUGCAGGGAGGUACCAGGCUUCCGCUAGGGCGUACAUGCUACAUCUAGUGGCAUGUACUCUCUUUGCGGACAAGUAUGGAAUUUAUAUAAAUGUCCGCUAUCUUACUCUCUUUAGCGACCUUGAGACCCCAUGUUGGGCUUGGGGAGUGGCUGCAUUGACGAUGUUAUACACGACGCUUGAUGCUGCAUCUCGUCCUGACACUAGACAGCUUCCUGGUUAUUUGAGCUUGUUACAGUGUUCGAUCUACGAGCACUUCCCUCACAUUUGUGAGCGAAAUACCCAGUGUCGUGCAGCUGCUGACCCUUGUGCAAGGAGGUGGAAGGCCAGACAGACCCAUCCAGGAGGGAUGAUUGAGUACAGGCGGAUGCUAGAUGCUCUGAUGCUGGAUGAUGUCAUCUGGACACUGUAUACAUAUCACCGCCAACAUCUUCCUUUUGAUGUAUCUUCUUUAUAUUCAGGGUAUGUCAUAUGGGAGAGCCAUGUGGCUAGACAUUUUCCUGAGAGGUGUCUAUGCCAGUUUGGUUAUAUACAGGGCAUCCCACGGUCGAUCCUAGAGGCUCCACCUAGGCAGUGUAAGGAUGGAUACCUGGAGUGGUUCCUCAGUGUGUCACACCUUAGGGUCAUCCCAUCUGCCGCAACAUCUGAUGUUUCAGGGCCUUCAGGUACCAGGGCUUCUUCACCACCACCACCACCUCCACCUCUCGGUGGUGACCAAGACAGUAGCCUGCAGUACAUUGUAGCUCACUUGGAUAGCCUCAUGGGUUUGGUGAACCCUGAUGGUGAGGUUCACAGUAUUUUAGCUAGGUUGGCGGAUGUUGCCCGUGGAGGACCUAUGUAG